AUGUCGCCAUACAAAUGGCCCCUUUGGUGGCGCCUCGUCAUCCUUUUCAACGUUAGCUUCUACAAUCUUCUCGGAAAUGCUUGGUCUGCUGGACUGUCACCCAUUUUCGAGUUGAUCAUCAGGGAGUUCAACUGCUCCCAGUCGCAGGCUUCGGAUCUGACGACUUUCUCCUUAUUGAUGUUGGGAAUAUCGAACAUUUUUGCCCUCCCCUUGGUCGCCCUUUUCGGAAAACGAUACACGAUCCUCGCAUCAUUGACCCUCUUCAUCAUCUUCAAUAUCUGGUCCGGCGAGGCUUCCGACUAUGAAUCUCUGAAAAUCUCUCGUAUCCUUGGUGGUCUUGCCGGUGGCCUAGUUGAAGCCCUUGGCCCGACCAUAGUACACGAGACCUUCAGAGAUCAUCAACUGGCUCGAGCCAUGGCAGUCUAUGUCGGCUUCCUUGCGGCUGGAUCUGCCGUGGGACCUAUUUUUGCCGGUAUUGUCGCCGAACAUCAAGGAAGCUGGAGGUGGUAUCUGCGAAUCCUCUCCAUUGCUACAAGCCUCAACUUAUUGGCUUCGAUCCUCAUGCUCCCCGAAACCACCCACAAGCCAGAGCCGACAAACGACACUGGGUCAGACUCUGGAGUGUCCAAUCCGAAGGCGACAAGUUCUGUCGUCGAGAAUGCCCCAACCUCAGCGUUUACGCCCGAGCCUACUGUCUCAUCUCGAGCCGAGUGGAUAUCUCUAUCCUUUACGAAGAGGCCCAUGCCGUUGGAGUGGAACAGAGCUCUCCCAGCUUUCUUCGAACCGCUGCAGAUGUUGAUUAUUCCUCGGGUUCUGGUGACCGUCUACAUCUUUGGACUUACCAUUGGCUGGACAGUGAUUAUCUCGAUCCUGUUGGGUAUGAUCUACGCCCAACCACCGUUGCUAUGGGGUCCACAGUCAAUUGGUCUCCUCAACGUUGGAACUCUAUUAGGUCUUCUUAUUGGACUUCCAUUCGGCGGCUACCUUUCGGACCUUUUGUUUAUACGAUCAGCGACAGAUGGCAGGGGCCCUAGCCCGGCAAGCCGUCUUCCAGUCGCCCUUCUUGGCAUGCUCAUCAGCCCUUCAGGAUGCUUGGUUCUCGGUUAUGGUCUCAAACACCCUGACACCUGGAUCCAAGUUUGCGUUGGAUGGGCUAUGCUUGCCUUUGGAUUGACAGCUUCCGCAAACGUCUUGCUUGCUUAUGCUGUUAACACGAUUCCAUCUCGUGCCGGAGAUAUCGGAGUCCUUAUCAACUUCAUGAAGAAUACGGUCGCUUUCGGAGUAUCGUAUGCUUCACUUCCUUGGAUGAAUGGAGUUGGUCCCGUCAACCAGUUUGCUACAAUGGCAGCGCUCCUCUGGGCAGGAUAUAUCAUGGUUUUUCCAGUUUGGUUGCAUGGCAAGACUCUGUUCAAGAGAUCAUACACCAACUCUCUGGCUUGA